GGCGGUGUUUGAUGACGUAUAUUUCGUCGCAUAGGAAAGUUGAACACCACACAUGUUUCUAUCAGCACAACACACCGGUGAAGAAAACGAAGAUACUCUCUUUGAUCCUCGGAUGAAGAACGACUGGCCAAGACCUGUGCAGCCUCUUAGCCUGUCCUGAUACUUCAUUCAUUCUUUCGACAAACAACAAAAGAAGAUAGGAUGGCACAGACAGUGCGCAGGCUGUGUUUCUGUGAUAAAACGGCACUGGCACCAAUGGUUCGUGUGGGCACAUUACCCAUGAGGCUUCUGGCCUUGGAUUAUGGGGCUGACAUUGUAUACUGUGAGGAGCUGAUUGACAUCAAAAUGGUGCAGUGCACAAGGGUUCUGAAUGACGUUCUGGAGACCGUCGACUUUGUGGCUCCGGAUGAUAGAGUGGUGUUUCGGACCUGCCAGAGAGAGAAGGAUCACGUCGUCUUCCAGAUGGGCACCGCAGACCCCCAAAGAGCGCUGACCGUCGCCCGGCUUGUCGAGAAUGAUGUAGCUGCCAUUGAUGUGAACAUGGGCUGUCCAAAAGAGUACUCCACUAAGGGAGGAAUGGGGGCCGCUCUCCUCUCUACCCCAGACAAGAUCGAAGCCAUAUUGAACACCCUGGUCAAAGGAGUUUCCAAACCGGUGACGUGUAAAAUCCGAAUUCUGCCCUCGCUGGAGAACACCCUCGACCUGGCUCGGAGGAUUGAGAGGACGGGCGUGGCUGCCAUCGCGGUUCACGGCAGGACCAAAGAGGAGCGGCCACAGCACCCUGUCCAUUGUGAUGUCAUCCAGGCUGUGGCUCAAGCCGUGUCCAUUCCCGUCAUUGCCAACGGGGGCUCUCUGGACCUGGUCAAAAGCCACGGGGACAUCCGGUCGUUUCGGGAGGCCGCCGGGGCGUCGUCGGUGAUGCUGGCGCGGGCGGCCAUGUGGAACCCGUCGGUGUUCCGCAGCCAGGGGGCGCUGUCGCUGGAGCGCGUCAUGGAGGACUACAUCCGAUACGCUGUGCGCUAUGACAACCAUCCCUCCAAUACCAAGUACUGCCUGUGUCAGAUGCUGAGAGACAGGGUGGAGUCGCCCCUGGGGAAGCGGCUCCACGCAGCCCAGACCGGCGCGGAGAUCUGCGAGGUGUUCGGAUUGGAGGAUUUCUACGAGGAGAGUCAGGCCCGUCUGCUGGCGAGGCGGAAAGCGCUCCGGGCCGACCCCUGCCUGGCCGACCGGCUCACCAUGGACGGCGACGUCGCCACCAUGCCCGUCAGGUUCGACAGGAGAGAGUACCCGCCACAGAUCACUCCCAAGAUGCACCUGCUGGAGUGGAGCCGGAGGGAGAAGCUGGAGCAGCCGGCGUACGAGACGGUCCAGCGACCACUUGACAGGGGGUUCCAAUCUACUGUGACAGUGGGUGACAAGAAGUACAGGUCUACCUUGUGGGAGAAGUCAAAGAAGUUUGCGGAGCAGGCGGCGGCCAUCGUGUGCCUGCGCGCCCUGGGCGUGCCAGAAGGGCGGAGCGGCGAGCCGGAGGCGGGGCUCGUCAGCAAGCGCAAGAGGGAGGAGAAGAGAGCCGGCGAAUCGGAGGAGAGCUCCAACGGGGUCCCCGACGCCCCCGACUCCGCCUGCAGGAAGAGGCACCUGUCAAAGCCUCUGCAGGAGGAGGUGAAGGGGUAGGAGCGACCGCCCUCCCCCCACCUCCCCCCUCCCUCGGUCCCAGACGCCCAGGGGGGAACAGUACAACCGAACCGCCACCUCAGCCCGGCCUUGGAACUCCUGAAACUCCUGAUACCUUCAUCGCCGGGCUCUUCGGCGCAGUCCGUUGACUGCGUUCUCAUUAACAAGACCCUGCGCUCCGCGAUCAGACGCCUGGGACUGGACUGAGUUUGGGGGGGGGGGGGGGAGAGCGGGUGCUUCUGCCUGUCCGAUGCGGGUUCUCCUUCCUUCCAGGCCACAGGCCCUCUGGACUGCAGAGCUGAAGAGGCGGAUUAGCCGCUGGGAUACCCUCCAGUGAGCGUCAGAGCCGGUCAGGUCACAACUCCAGUCUAGAUUUUAAGACCUCUCUCUUCUUCUGUUUUCUUUUAACAUGCAAUCGUUUUUGUUUCGGGUUCAUUUUUGAGGUAAUUUUUACACCCAGGGGUGUUGAUUUUAUGUCUUCAGGAAGCAUGUUUGUGUUUUAAUAAACCAAGAGCCUUUGAGUUUUCUAAUCAUACUUUUCCCCCCCUUUGCUCAAAGAAGGAUUAUGGUCCAUUACCGGGAAUUAUUUUUUGAGGAAAAGAUACACGUUGUAAAGAAAUGCUAAAACCAGUAUGCGUCCGCAGGUAAAAACCCAGGGAGCAUGUUUUCACCAGGGGCAUCUAACAAGGGAAUGCAAGUCUGGAUGCUGGCAUUGAUACUCUUUUAAAUGUAACAAAUGCACAAGGAUUACAAAACCAAUCUGAUUUUUUUCCCCCUCUACUGAAAGAAAAGGUGCAAAAAAUCAAGUUCCUUGGGGAAAAAAAAAUGCAUGCCAUUGCCAGGAAAUGAAAUGACAUCUGAAUUGUGCUUAACGUGUGCAUGUCACAGUUUCAUUAUCUUUCUUGACCUUUUUGGGUUCCAUUCAUUUCUCUACAAUAAUAGGUUGCAUUUCUGGUAUUAACCAGAUGAGGGCAGCAUAGGCCACUAUUGAAUGGAGAAAAUACAACGAUUACUGGCGUCUUAAUAACAUACAUAACUGUAUUGACAAUAAACUGUUUGAAAAAGGUCAUCAUGUAUAGAAAGAUAUUUAUUUUGUUCAAAUAAGAUUUUAUGAUGGUGAAAAGGUGAGCAUGGUAGGGUUUCGGAGUACUACAUUUCAGAGGAGUGGGGUUCAACUGGAAUUAAUGGUAUAUGGGAGUCUGUUCCUUGGGUCGUUUGCAGAAGACUGUCAAAUCUUAAUAAAACAUUGUGGUUUCAUUCUAAA